AUGCCACCGAAAACCAGUUGGGCCCCACAAACGUAUCAGAAACUCAGAGAUUGGGUUCCAAACGGAGAUCCAGAUUUGCAAAAGGCAUGGCUGGAAGAUUACCUGCCGGCUGUACAAUGGAUGCGUGAAAGCGGAGUGCCCACGGCAGACCGUUUCGACGGCAUCAUGACGAUCGGUAAGAGAAACGCGGACAAAUGGCGGUGGAAAGUGAUUCUGACAAGUCAAAAAGGCAUUGGAUUCCCCGUCAAAAUUCCCUAUCUUCAUGACUUUCACAGAAAACGCAUCCAGUCAAGCAAGACAAGCUCUGAGAUACUCACCAACACGUCGGUGGUCAAGUUGACUCAGCAGCAGCCCGGUGUUGCUGGUUCGCGAAUCAUUGGUGCGGUCAUCCGUCGCAAUCUCCCGGGUUCGAGAGCCGUACAUCAUGAAGUCAAGGCCAAAAUGGUGGUGUUGGCUACAGGGGGCUUCCAAGGCUCUCCCGAUUUGACAUCAAAAUAUCUAGGACAGGGUGGAGACAAUAUCUUUGUACGUUCCAACCGUGGAUCGGUAGGCGACGGACUGAAAUUGGCAAUCCAAGCCGGUGCAGGCACUAGUAGGGGCAUGAACACCUACUAUGGCCAUCUUUUGGCGGCACCGCUUCAAGCCAAAGACGUCGACCCAAAGGAUUACCUUCCACUCGCUCAAUACCAAAGCAAAUAUUGCUUACUGCUCAACGAGGCCGGUCGGCGAUUUGCUGACGAAAGUACGGGUGACGAGAUCAUCAACCAGUACCUUGCCAAGCAAGAGAAGCGCCGUGGAUUCUUGUUGUUCAGCGAGAAAACACGCAUAGAACACUGUGUCAAGGCGUUGUUCCCCAAUGCAGGUGACAUUGAUCGUCUGCAGAAAGCUCGCGAACACGGCUGUAAUGUUGCAAGCUCGGUGACACUGGCUGGGUUGGUCGAUAUCCUUCAACAGUGGGGCGUGGAUCACUCGAGUGCGAGACGCACUAUCGAAGAGUACGAUCAAGUGGUCCGGUUGGGAAACAAGAACGUCGCCCUGGACGCCCCUAUUGGCCGUGGAGGUCCGCCCCCUAUACCUUUGGUCGAUGGCGAGGGUCCCUUCUAUGCCAUGGAAGUUCAGCCAUCGAUCACAUUCACCUAUGGCGGUAUCGCGAUCAACGACAAAGGACACGCCUUAACCGCCGAUCAAUCUAGCAUUCCAGGGUUGCUCGUCGCGGGUGUUGACGCAGGAGGGUUCAGUAACAUCGGAUACGCCGGUGGACUUGCCCUCGCUUUCGUGACUGGUCUCUGGGCUGCACGAGAGGUAGGGCGCCAGCUAGGGCUGCCUGAGCCUUGCCUGCCUGCUGCCGAUGUUCGAGAUGGAGAAGACAAGCCUCCCCAGAGCCGCCUUUGA